AUUGGCUGUCUUCCUCCGUCCAAACCACACUCACCUGAAAGCCAUGAUCACCUGCGUGCUUGACUGUGUGUGUAUUUUUUAUGAUGCGUAACAGUUCCCGUGCCCAUUCAAUUCUGCUGUUUUUUCCAUGACAAAUAGGAAAGUACUACCUGAGAGUCGCUAGAAAGCCUCUUCAUUGGCUUUGUCAGCCAGAACUGUCGUUGCAGCGAGAACCCCAAGAAGUCACUAAGUAAUGGCCUCUUCCUGCAGUGCCCUCCUCCCCGAGGAGCAGCUCCUGUGCUCCCUGUGUGGCGACGUCUUCACAGACCCCAUCACUCUGCCCUGCGGACACAACUUCUGCCACUCCUGUCUCCUGGGCCUCUGGGACUCCUCAUCGUCCUCCACCUCCUCUUCCUCUUCCUCCUCCUCCUCCUCCUGCUGCUGCCCCCACUGCCAACGCGCCUUCCCCUCCCGGCCCGAACUCAGCGUCAACAUCGCUUUCCGCGAGAUCGCCGAGCGCUUCAAGGCGACGCGCCUCGUCUCGGUGACGACAGCGUCGCCGUCGGCCUCCGAACCUCAGCAACACCAGUCCCAGUUCGCCGCCGCCAUCACCAGCACCACCACCACCUCCGGCUCCACCUCGGCUCCCUCUCGCCCUGCCGCUGACGAUGAGGUCCCCUGCGACGUGUGCACGAGCCCCAAGCUCAGGGCCUCCAAGGCCUGCCUGGAGUGCCUGACGUCGUACUGCGCGGCGCACCUGGAGCCUCACCUGCGCGUGGCGGGGCUGAGGCGGCACCGGCUCAUCGAGCCCGUGGAGCGUCUGGAGGAGCGGGCGUGCGCUCGCCACAACCGGCCCCUGGAGCUCUACUGCCGCUGGGACCAGAUGUGCGUGUGCCGCUUCUGCGCCGAGACUGACCACCUGGACCACGUGAUGGUCACGCUGGACGUGGAGAGUGUGGAGAAGAAGACCUCACUGAAGAUGCUGGAGGGUGUAAUUAACCAGCUGAUUCAGGAGAGGCUGAAUAAGACACAGGAGCUCAAACAAGCAGUGGAGCUCAGCAAAGAGAACACUCAGCGUGAGGCAGAGGAGAGUGUGCAGGUGUUCCGGGCGCUGCUGCGCUGUGUGGAGGGCAGCCAGGCAUCGCUGGUGGAGGAGAUGGAGCAAAGACAGACGGCCUUGGAGCGCAAGGCACAGCACCUCCUACUGGAGCUGGAGCAGGAGAGCACCGAGCUCAGGGCCAAGAGAGACGAGCUGGAGAAACAGCAGAAGAACGACGACCCCAUUGACCUACUACAGAAUUACCCGCAGGCUAUGUCUCGGCCGCAGGUGAAAGACUGGUCAGACACCAGAGUGUACACUGACCAGUGUGUGGGCCUCACCAGGAGAGUGCUGUCCAAGGUGGAGGAGAUGCUCAAGACUGAAAUGAAAAGGAUGGAGGAGAACGAGCUGAAAAGGAUUCAGGCGUAUGCAAUUGAUGUGACCUUUGACCCUGAUACGGCUCACCCCAACAUCCACUUGACCGAGGACGGCAAGCAAGCUGGGCGUGGCGAGACCCUCAAAGAACUGCCGGACAUUCCGGCCCGUUUCGACCCGGUGCUCUGCGUGAUGGCCAGACAGGGUUUCUCCUCCGGUCGGUUCUACUACGAGGUUCAAGUCAGCAGCAAGACGUUCUGGGACCUGGGGGUGGUGAGCGAGUCGGUGAACCGCAAAGGCAUGAUCACGUCCAAGCCAGAGAACGGCUUCUGGACCGUGCGCCUACGGAACGGGGACGAGUACCGGGCCCUGGGCUCGCCCUCAGUCCAGCUCGCCCUGCGUGGGCGACCCCGGAGAGUCGGGAUCUACGUCGACCACGAGGGCGGGCGGGUAUCCUUCUACGACGCAGAGGCCGGGCGGCACGUCUACUCGUUCACCGGACACUCCUUCACCGAGCCACUCUACCCCUUCUUCAGUCCGGGUGUCGCAGAUGACGGGAAGAACCUUGAGCCAUUGGUUAUAACGUCUGUUAGUCAACCGAGCGGAUUGUGACUGUUAACUAUUAGUGUAGGCCAUGCACUAACGCCAAACAUGGAUUUAGAAAGAUGUUCGUAGUCCCAGUAACUCAUAGUUAUUUACUAUACUGUAUAGGGCACAAUGUUGUGAAUGAGUACAGUAGAUAUUCUGAACGCGGGUCUAUGUUCUGUGUCAGAAAAUGACAGAAAUGUACAUGAUUAAUCACAUAUCCCUUUAAAUAAUUGGUAACACUUUACUUGGGGUGAGUUCAUAACACAUUCAUAGCAGCUGUCAUAAACU